UUAAAACAGCUGUUUCGUGGAACGAAGAAGAAUUUUUUAAAUUCCAGUUUUUUUAGUUUAGUGACUUGAUUUUCACGAAAUUCGAAAUCCUUUAUUUAAACGCCCAGUAACUUAACUCUGUUUGCAAAGAUGGUGAACAUGACCCUUCCUAACCUGGAGGAGCGAUUGGAGUUACUGGGAGACCGCAUUAAAAACCUGGCAAAUUACUACAAGAUUGCCGAUGAUGUAUGCCCACUGGAAAUUGCGGCCCGCACCAGAAAUUUUACAGAGGACGAGUUAUGUCGUUUGGUUAGUUCAGCUGGCGCUCAGGCCCUAAUCCGGGUGCCCAAACCCGAAUUAGAGGAAGGUCUGCAGGUCGGUCACGUGGAUUUCCUGGCUGCCCUGAAGACUAUUAAGCCCAGGUUUGGCGUGCAACAUGAGGAGCUCGAAGAGUUGAUGCCAAAUGGCUUUAUUAAGUAUAACCAGAAUUCGGACCUCGAUAACUUACUCUAUGUGCCAGGUGAUGGAUUGUCUUGCCAGUUGAUCGAGGGUGAUCCCAAGUCUGGUGUUUCCACCGUUGCCGCUCAACUGGCUCUGAAAAGUGGUUUUCCGUUUAUCAAACACAUCUCCGUGUCUGAUUUAUAUGAACUUAGUGACUCCGAAAAAUGUCGGCACAUACUGAAUGUUCUAGAGGAUGCCUAUAUAUCACAGCGUAGCGCCGUUAUCCUCGAUGGUUUGGAGCGGAUCCUGGACUAUGGUGCAUUAGGAAUGCGAUAUUCCAAUGAAAUUCUUCAGAUGCUGAUGGUUAUUCUUAAGAAACAACCGCCCAGGGGUCACGCGCUGCUCAUCUUGUGCACCACCAAUCGCCGCGACAUCCUGCAGGAGCUGGGGCUGCUCACCGUCUUCACUGGCGAAUACCAUGUGCCCAAUCUCUCCACGCCGGAUGACAUAAUGGCCGUAAUGAAGGCCUUAAGUCGAUUCGAGCCUGAGGAGCUGCAGUCAAUUGGAGGCGCGAUGGAGGGCCGGCACAUCUCCAUAGGUAUCAAACGACUGCUGGACCUCAUCACCUGGGUUAAUCCUCUAAAGCCUGACCGCCGGCCUGUCAAGUUCUUGGAGAAAAUGGGGGAAAUAAUGGGGUGGACAGAGUCCUGACUUUGAUUCAGCAGUCAGCUUUCUGAGUACCUCAUUAGCCUUUAAGAUUUAUUGUGCAACAACCUUCACUAUCACAGCUGCAAUUUUGUAUCCUUGAUUUUGAAGGCACAUAUUGUAUUCCGAUGUUACUUUAAGAGUAACCUUAAACGCAGAUGACAGCUUUUUCCACUUUUUUAGUUUUUAAAGAUGCAUUUCAUUUUUAAAGAUAUUUUUAUUCGUAAUGCUUUUAUAGCAACGUCCUUAGACAAACAGCCACAAACUGUGAUUGGCAUAACCCAUAAUGUAAGACAUUUUUACUAAACCACUAUGUUUUUAUAAAAGACAAUAAAUGAUUUAAAUCAUGAAA